AUGGAUAUUAUUAGCUGGAAUUGUAGGGGAAUCUGCAAUGAUGCGACUGUAAGGGUGUUGAAGGAUUUGAUUACCCAUAAUCGUCCCCAAAUUGUGUUUCUAUGCGAGACAAAGAUCAAGGUCCUCAGUGAUGGUCAGUCAGGAGGGUUGGCGUUGUUUUGGUGUGCGGAGGUGGAUAGUCAGGAUAGUCAACCCCUUACAAAGUCUGCACAUCAUAUUGAUGCGGAGGUGCGCGGUGGACCAGGUGAGCCGCGAUGGAGAUUAUUUGGUUUCUAUGGGUAUGCGCGCACGGCUGAGCAUGACAAAUCAUGGCAGUUGUUGAAGUAUCUUAGUGAUCUCGACUUUCUCCCUUGGGUUGUAAUCGGGGACUUCAAUGAAAUACUCAACAAUGGAGAGAAGAUUGAUGGGCCUCCAAAAGCUGAACGACAUAUGAGAGGUUUCAGAGAGGUUUUAGGUUAUUGUGAGUUGUUGGAUCUUGGGUUUCAGGGUUCUAGGGAAACAUGGUGGAAUUCUGAGACACAUCUAAGGUUAGACAGGGCUGUUUGUACGCCCUCCUGGUGUGAUGUUUUUGGUUAUGCAAAAGUUAUUCAUCUUCCUCAUCGUAAGUCAGAUCAUGUUCCAAUAUUACUCCAUGAGAAAUGGCAGGCUGACUUUUCUGGGGCACCUAUGUUCCAAGUAACCAAGAAGAUUACCAAUACACGAAUGGCCUUAGAUAAAUGGCAAAGAGAAACCUUCAGAGUGAGACAGCAACAAAUGAUGGGGGUGAGAACCCGUCUAGAAGAAUUUAUGGAUGCAACAGUUACAGUGACUAUCCAGGAGGAGAAGAAAACCCUAAUGGAUAAGCUACAUGUUCUGCUCUCUGAGGAGAAAGCUUUUUGGAGACAGAGAGCAAAGAUCCAGUGGUUGAAGGAGGGUGAUAGCAACACAGGCUUUUUCCACCGUAAGGCAGCAAACCGGAAACGUAAAAAUGUGAUACAUGGUCUAUAUGAUGAGAAUGGGGUUUGGCGUGAUGAUGAUAAGGGAAUGGAACAAAUUGUGACCUCCUAUUUUACACAGAUGUUCACUUCGUCUCCAAUUGAUAUGGAAGCCAUGCACCAUACUUUGGAAGCCAUUCAACCCUGUGUUUCGGCGGAAAUGAACCUUCAACUUUGUAGGAAUUAUACAGAAGAAGAAAUACGUGAAGCACUGUUCCAAAUGUAUCCUACAAAGUCCCCUGGACCAGAUGGAAUGGCUCCAUUGUUUUUUCAACAUUAUUGGGAUACUAUUGGCAAGGAUGUAACAGAAGCUGUUCAGAAUUUUUUACAUACAGGUAAUCUUUUGAAGCAAGUGAACUUUACCCAUAUUUGUUUAAUUUCGAAAGUGAGCAAUCUGGAAAGAAUGGCAGAUUUGAGACCCAUAGCUCUUUGCAAUGUGAUAUAUAAGAUUUGCUCAAAGGCUAUUGCAAACAGGCUUAAGAUAAUCCUACCUUCAAUUAUAUCUCCGUUUCAAUCUGCUUUUGUGCCGGGGCAUUUAAUCACUGACAAUCUAGUGGUAAAUGAAGUUGCGCAUUUUGUACACAGUAAAAGAGAGGGUCCAGAGGGAGUUAUGGCCUUGAAGUUAGAUUUGAGCAAGGCAUAUGACAGGAUGGAGCGGUUCUUUCUCCGGAAAGUAAUGGAAAGAUUUGGUUUUGCUCUAGUUUGGAUUGAGUUGGUAAUGCAGUGCGUCUGUUCAGUCAGAUUUUCGUUCUUGAUCAGGGGUAAGCCUAGAGGUUAUGUGUCGCCUAGCAGAGGAUUGAGACAGGGAGAUCCCUUAUCACCCUAUCUCUUUUUAAUUGGUGCUGAAGGCUUUUCGGCACUUUUGCAAAAGAAGCAAGAGUUAGGAUUACUCCCUGGUAUUGAGGCGUCCCUUGAAGCUUGUUAUGAGAUUCAGGAUGUCAUUGAAACAUAUGGGAGGGCUUCAGGGCAGCUGGCUUGGCGAAUUAUUUCAGCUCCGGCUUCACUUAUAGCUGGAGUCUACAAGGCCAAGUAUUUUCCAGAGGGCUCUUUUUGGUCAGCUACUGCUCAUACUGCUCCUUCUUACUCUUGGAGGAGUAUCUUUGCUACGAGAGAGUUGCUAAAGUUAGGAUCCUAUUGGCAGAUUGGAUCGGGGACUAAGGUUAAUGUUUGGUCAGAUGCUUGGGUACCGGGUCUGCCUAAUUUUGUACCUCAUGUUACGCAAAUUCAGGUAAAUGACAAUUUGAAUGUUAACGAAUUGAUGAGGGCACAAGGUGUUUGGCAUGAGGAAAGGGUUCGAGCUUUGUUUAAUGGAGUUGAAGCUAAAGCUAUUCUUGCAAUUCCUUUGUCUACUCGUCCAGUUGAUGAUAGGCUAUUUUGGAAGCUUGAGAGUAUAGGCAAUUUUAUGGUUAAAACUGCUUACCGUUUUGCUUAUUCUAAUUCUAUAGAGAGGGCAAAUGUUUUAGGGAAUGUUACAUCUUGCUUUUGGAAAAAGAUUUGGCAUGCCAAGAUCCCAAAUACAGCUAAGGUGACCAUUUGGAAAAUAUGUCAGAAUAUACUCCCCACAAAGGAUCGCCUAACAUCUAAACAAGUUCAGAUUGAAUCUCAAAGUUGUGUGCUGUUAAGGGAAUUAGAAUCCCUCCCGUCAAGGCUCACAGAGUAG